AUGCGCUGCUCCAAGUGCCUGCUCUGCCUGGCCGCGCUGCUCACGCUCCUGGGCCUCAAAGUCUACAUCGAGUGGGUGGCGGAGACCCGGCAGAGCAGGGCCUACCCGGGCCCCCGGGGGACCCCGCCGGGCCCCACGCCCGCCAGCCCCGAGCCCACCCUGCCGGCGAACCUCUCGGCCCGCCUGGGCCAGACCAGCCCGCUGCCCUCGGCGUCCUGGAACCAGCAGCAGUGGCACCUGGGGACGCUGCCCAGCUCGGACUGCCAGGCAUGGGGGGCCGCGGCCGCCGCCCGCAUCCCCGACUUGGCCUCCUACCCCGAGGCCCUGCGCCGCUUCCUGGGGGCUGCCGCCUGCCGGAGCUUCCCGCAGUGGCGGCCGAGAGGGGGCGGCGGGCAGGUGGCCAACUGCUCGGCUCGCGUCCCCUACCUGCUGCUGGCGGUCAAGUCGGAGCCGGGCCGCUUUGCCCAGCGCCAGGCUGUGCGCGAGACGUGGGGCGGCCCCACUCCGGGUGUCCGGCUGCUCUUCCUGCUGGGGUCCCCCGAGGGCGAGGCGGGCCCGGACCUCGGCUCCCUGGUGACCUGGGAGAGCCGCCGCUACGGUGACCUUCUGCUCUGGGACUUCAUCGACGUCCCCUUCAACCAGACCCUCAAGGACCUGCUGCUGCUGGCCUGGCUGGGCCGCCACUGCCCCGGCGUGAGCUUCAUCCUGCGUGCCCAGGACGAUGCCUUCGUGCACACGCCGGCCCUGCUGAGCCACCUGCGUGCCCUGCCCGCCAGCUGGGCCCGAAGCCUCUACCUGGGCGAGAUCUUCACGCAGGCCAAGCCCCUGCGGAAGCCCGGGGGGCCCUUCUACGUGCCCACAUCCUUCUUCGCCGGGGACUAUCCGGCCUAUGCCAGUGGAGGCGGCUAUGUCAUCGCUGGGCGCCUGGCCCCCUGGCUGCUUCAGGCCGCGGCCCGGGUGGCCCCGUUCCCUUUCGACGACAUCUACACUGGCUUGUGCUUCCGGGCCCUGGGCCUGGUGCCCCGGGCCCACAAAGGCUUCCUCACAUCGUGGCCGGCUGACCGCGCCAAGGACCCCUGCACCAUCCGCGACCAGCUGCUGGUGCGGCCCCUCAGUCCCCAGGACAGCAUCUGGCUGUGGAAGCAGCUGCAAGACCCUCUGCUUCACUGCUGA